CCGCUCUCAGUUGUCUGGUUAACGUGAUGAUGAGAGGACGUGUGUUGGAGCUCCGUCCGGCUCCCCCUGUGUGAACUUGGAAGUGACGUUACGAUUUAUGUGUUGUUAGCUAGCGAGGACGUGCUAUGUUGGUGCUCUUGGAGUUUUCGCAAGUCAUAAUGGAUGUACCAAUUUCCUCUUGAAUGGGCAACAUGUCAUUAUUCGGGUUCUCAACAUGGGGGAAGAAGAUGGGCAAGAAGCUGGAGCAGCUGACCCGCGGGGAGAGCAAGGAGCACAUCCACUUCCCCCUGGGCUCCACACGCACCCGCCGGAGGAACUGGCGGCCCAACAAAGACGCGGAGACGCCGACGUCGGUCGCUAAGGACGCCGCCCCCACCGGCGCCCGCCAGCCCCGCCGAGCCAAGGUGGACCGCGUGGAGAGCAUCCGAAACCUGUUCCGGCGAUCUCGUAGCUGGGACUCGGCGAAGGACCUGGAGGACCUCCCGCCGGCGCCGAGGGUCGCCAAGGCGGCGCCCGAAGCGAGUUCCGCCGGCGGCGGCCCGAAGAGCGCCGCGGCGGACGAGCCGGACAAUGUGUACGAGUCGCUCAAGGACUUGGACCGCGAGCCAGUGAGUGCAAAAGGGACGGUGCUCUUCAGGAGCGCCUCCACGUCCCACCUGCCGGCGCUAGAGGCGGGCAUGGACGUCCUGGGCAGAGGGGAAGCGAGGGAGGGCGCGGGAGGGGACGGCGGGGCGGAGGCGGGAGACCUGGGCGAGGGCGAGUGUGAACUCAAGGCGAAUGACGGUGAUAAGACGACCAAGAAAGGGCAGUUUCCGUAUGCGUUUCUCAGAUCCAGACUUACCUCGGUCGCGGAGGAACAAGCGACCGCUAGGGAAGAGUGUGGUGACAGCGGGCGUGGCACCGGCAGCCACUGCGGCAGCAUAUCCGACGUCAGAACCUCCUACUCGGAGACGUCGGACUCCAAAUCAUCCUUUUCGGAAAACUCGGACACGAAGUCGUCUUGCUCCGAUUCGUCGGAAAACACGAAGUGGACUCGCGAGGAGGAGGAGGAGGAGGAGGACCUGGAGGAGAGAGGCCGCGGGGACCGGAGGGGGGGGGAGGGUCAGGGCGACGCCGUCCCCAGGGACAUCAUCUCGCCCAUCCCGGCGCCAACAGGCUUCGGCGACGGGGACUUCGUGGUAACCGUGCGAGUGAAGGGCUCGGCCGCCGACGAGGGGAGGUCCUCGGUGUACAUCAAGCCCGAGGGAAACCGCGCCGCGAGGAAGCUCAGCUCGGACCUCGGCGCGGCGCAGCUUGGCUCGGAGAAGAAGGUCAGCGGCACCAAGGGCGGCGGAGGACGACCUCUGCUGACGGACGAGGAGAAGCUCCGGGCGCGGACCGGCGAGUGUUGCCAGCGCUGCCACUGCGGCGACGGGCCGCACCCGCCCAUCAGACGCCGCCCGCGCUCGCAGCCGCGUCUCUACGCCCGCAUGAGCUACCCGGCCUCCUCCACCUCGUCCGAUGGCCUGUACGAGGCCAUCUACCCCGAGGACGCUUACUCGAAGCGCUCCUCGCUUGACCUGGAGCGCCUCGACAGGCUCAACCGCAUCGACCGCUUCGAGCGCGACGACCGCGGCCUCGAGCACGCCUACGACCAGCGGCGCCGCUACUCGCGCUCGGCCUCGCUAGACCGCGCCGAGUCGUGGCGGUGGCGGGACGCGAUGGCGGCCGAGGACGUCGACGCCGACUCCCUGUACGGCGACGCGCCAGGAUACAGGCGGCGAGCGCCCUCCCUGCCGCGCCCCACGCCUCCGCCCGCCACGCUGCCGCAGCCGCCCCUCACCAACAAAACCUUCCGCCUGAUCCGCCUCGUCAAGGACGACGGCGACGAGGGCCUCGGACUCUACAUCUCCGGACAGCGCGCCCUCGGCUACGUCAUCGCUCACAUCCUCCCCGGCGGACUCACCGACAGAGACGGCAGACUACGUGUGGGAGACGAAAUCAUCAACGUCAACGGUCGACGUCUGCGCGGCGUCACCCUGGAAGAAGCGCGUCGCAUUCUGCGGCAUACGCCCACGGAGGUUGACGUAGUUGUGGCUCGGGACCCCGACGCCCCCGCCCACGAGUCUCUCUACUCGGACCUGGACGUGACCUCCAUGACCAGCGGGCGAGUGGACUCCAGAGUGGAGACGCGCGUGGACUCUAGGGUGGACAGCGUGGCCGACGACGACGACGCCUCUCUGGACGCCCUGCACCACCCGCACCAUCACUACCAUUCGCACGCCUUCCACCACGUGUGCCACCACGACCACGGUCACAGAGAAGAGGACGAGGACGAGGACGAGGAAGACGAUGACUUAGAGAGAGACGAGCCUCGAGAAGACGACCCUCUCAAUAUGCGUGACUUGGGCCGCCACCUGGAGUCCUGCCGCAGCCAACGGGCCUGUCACCGCGAUCUCCCCGAGCUCCCGCCCAGCGUCAGCAGCACCCGCGAGCUUCCCGAGGAGCCAGGGAGCGCGCGCGACUUCCACCACUGCUGCGAGCACGAGGCGAGGACCUACAACUCGUGUGAUUCGCGGGGAGCUACCAGGGAGCCAAGGGACCCCAGGAAGCGGCGGCGGUUGGAUUCGCUCCGAGAGGAGGGUGUUGUCACCGCCGUUAUGGUCCGCACUGUGUCCGACUCUUCUUCGGCAGGAGAAGAAGAGCCUCGUCGGUUGUUACCUCUCAUCGAGGACGGCGUUUUUGAUGAGCGUCCGUCUUCUCAGGCCUCGCAAGUCUCGGCUAGGACAGUUACUUCCAUGGCGUCUGUCGCAUCUGUUCAUGGCACUGGUCUCACUGCCAUGUCCAGACAGGUAUCCCAGAGGUCACACAGGCCGUCAUCCACAUCUACACUGCCUCGAAGACCAAAGUCCCUCAACCUCUCCUUCCACACAGUUCUCUUUGAAAAGGGCCAUGGCAAGAAGGGGCUUGGAUUCUCUAUUGUAGGAGGAAGGGACUCUCCCAAAGGGAACAUUGGGAUCUUCGUAAAGACAAUCUUCCCAAGUGGUCAAGCAGCGGAAGAAGGAACACUUAAAGAAGGGGAUGAGAUUUUUGCAGUGAAUGGAGAGAGCUUGGCAGGGGCAAGUCAUGCAGAAGCCAUUGCCAUGUUCAAAGCCAUCCGCACUGGCAAAGUCGUGCUGCAUGUGGGCCGUCGUGCAACUUCAAAGAAAAGAGCCCACAAGACUAAGUCUUUUGAUGACCUUGAUAAAUUUGAAGAAUGAGGAUGAACUGCCUGAGGAUCUGAAGACAUAACAGACGCCAGAUGUUGCUGAAGGAUGAAUGCAAAUUUUUUGAUAGACUGUAUAAAUGUGUCCUAGCUAUAUAUAUAUAUAUAUAUAUAUAUAUAUAUAUAUAUAUAUAUAUAUAUAUAUAUAUAUAUAUAUAUAUAUAUAUAUAUAUAUAUCUCAUCAGUUUAAUUAUAAAUGUAUUCCCCCAAAGGAAUACAAUAAGCCAAAGAAAUCAGACAGGUAACUGUAAUGUCAUGUUGAUUACAACUGCAUAAAGCUAUAAUUAAGUACUGUAAAUGUUUGACUCAUAAUAUGUUUGUACAGAUAAGAAAUAUUAUCCAUAAGCCCUAAUUAUUCAGAGAUAUAUCAGUGUUCUAUGAUGAGGGUUGUCCUGCUCUUGCUUUGGAGAAAAAAUAAAUAAAAACUGGCAUCCCACACCAGAGGUAAUCAAUCAUUCAAAUGUAGGAACAAGUGAAACAAAAGCUAAACUUAUAUAUUUAUUUCUAUAGUAUCUUUGCUUGUCUUCAAAAUUUGUACCAUGUAAAUACCUAUGCCUCAUGAGCCAGCAAACUAAUAUUUACACCUGCUGUUGACAAAAUCUCUAAGAUCAGUACUACUCUUGUCAUCUUUGUGUAAAUACUAUGUAUCAUUUAAAAAUAUGUAGAAAUGUGAUAUACAUUUUCAUCCUUACAACUGCACAUUGUAUGGAUAGUAAACAGCUUUAA